AUGGACGCCGCCACGCUAUUGGACUUUUACACCCAUGAUUUAUCGAACCUGCCUCUGGAAACUCGUUCGUUGAUGAAACGAUUACAGCAGAUGGACAUUGAGUAUGAUAAAAUUUUAAAGAGUAUUGAAAAUGCUGAAUCCCAACUUCAAAAAUAUAUCAAACAGCAUGGAAGCAGUAUACGACAUCCGAAGGAAGAUCUAAUACUGGACGAAAUCACGCAAAACUACGCGAGGGCAAAACAGUUGCAAGAUGACAAGAUCUUGUUGACUAAUACUGCGCUACUCAAUAUAACAAAACACACCAAUAAUUUUCAGCGGGAUAUAAGGAAAUUAAUCGAGUCUGGAGCCAUUGAAAAUUGGGAUGUCCAAGAAGACGGUGACGAUGAUGUAGAAAUGUCUGCCAACGGUCUCUUUGUGCAGCCUUCGGCAACAUCGGUCAAACCUAGUCGAUCGAACUCUAACAUCAAUGAACUAGCCAACAAAUUGAACAAUGCAGCAAUUGAAAUGAAAACAUCAAGCUCACGAAUUAAGAAAUCAAGAGAUAGAACUCCAUUAGAUGAAAAUGUAACAUCAAGAGAACAUACCCCGAGGAGGCGUGAUAUAUCUAAUGGCACUACAGUAGUCAAAGGUCCGAGGAGGCCAAUGGGUGUUAACUCGAGCUCUUCAGCAAGUAACAACAACCAUAAUAAUAAUGGAUCAGAUAAUAAAAACGGGAAUGGGAAUAGCAAUAGUAAUGGAGAUGAUGAUGAACUAUACUGUUUUUGUCAACAGGUCUCCUAUGGCGAGAUGGUUGCAUGUGAUAGUCCAACAUGUAAGUACGAAUGGUUUCACUAUGACUGUGUGGGCUUGAAGGAACCACCAGUUGGUGUUUGGUACUGUCCGGUUUGCAGGAAAGAUAGUAAGAAUGUUAACACCAAACGUGAGAAGAAAAAGAAAAUGUAA